AUCUUUUUGUAUAUAUAUAUAUUAAAGCCCAACCCCUAAUUUGCUUCAUUCUAUCUCCACUUUGCUUCUUUAUAUCACUCACUAUAACAUUGAAGAGUUUUUUUUCCUUUUUUUUUGAUUGGGAGUUGUGAAAAUCAUCAGUUAAAAGGACAAUCUUGAUCUGUAUUCAGGCACUAGAAAUCAAGAAACAAGAUAUGGCGUUGGAUCUUCAUUUUGAAGAACAGAUAGCAGAGAGUACCUUUAACAAAUGUCGUGGUAGCCCCUUACAGAAAUGGAAGACGCUUGAUGAUGAGCGUGAUGAUGACAAUCGCGCUAGUGGUUUUGACUGUAACAUAUGUUUGGACGUUGUAAAAGAUCCCGUGGUUACAUUUUGCGGUCACCUUUAUUGUUGGCCUUGUAUCUACAAGUGGAUUCAAUUCCAGGGCGCCUCGGAUCACCAAAAGCCACAAUGUCCUGUUUGCAAAGCUAAAGUUUCACAAAAGGAGUUGAUUCCGCUCUAUGGCCCUGGCCAAGCAACAAAAUCAUCUGCAGACGGCGUUACAAGUAAAGGCAUGGUCAUACCACAAAGGCCUCUGAGGCCAACAUGUAGUGGGGAUAUAGCAACUACGACAAAUUCACUUCCAUCGCAACAACUUAACCAUCGACAACAGCCACAUUCAGGGAGCUACACGGCCUCACCAACCGUGAUUGGUGAAGUGGUUUAUGCAAGAGUCUUUGGAAACGCAUGUCCAAACUCGUAUAACCUUGAAAUAAACACGAGUUUGAGAAUGAGAAGGCAGCUGUUACACGCGGAUAGAUCACUUGGAAGAUUAUAUUUCUUCCUCUUCUGUUGUGUAUUGGUAUGCCUUCUCUUGUUUUGAUCACUUUUCGCGCUACAUUGUGUGUAAUUUGUACAUAUGUUUACCUUAUUAGAUGCUGAAUAUACGAGCUUCGCUCAAUGUAACAUGUCUUCGAAGCUUUUUCUGUUCUUCAUGCUGGCUAAUACACAAUUUUAUUCUUAA